CCCACCCCCUCCCCGGUGCCUUUUGUGGCGGCGGGAGCGGGCGGCGGCCUCCGCGCCCAGCCCGGGGGGUUUCUCCCUCCUCCGUGCCUCCUUCCCUUCCCUCCCCCGCCCGCGGGAGCCAAAGAAAGAGCGAUGGCGGCGCGUUAGCCAGGCGUUUUCGGCGCGGCCCGGCGGCUGCGGAUUUCCCCGCUCCGUGCCGACGGAUGCGCGCCUCGCCUCAGGGCCCGGCGGGAGCCUAGCGGGGCCCCGGCGGCCGCCGCCGCCGCUUCUCCUCCUCCGCCUCCUCCUUCCCCUCCUCCUUUUCCUUCUCCUGCUGCCGCUGCCGCCGCGGGGGAGGGCGGGCAGCUCGGGGCUCCCCGCUCCCCUCAGCCCCGCGGCGGCCAUGGCCACCGAGCUGGAGCCGCCGGCGGCGGGCGCCGUGCCGGGAGCGGCCCCGCUGGAGGCGGAGGAGGAUGAGGAGCAUUGGCUGUACGGGGAUGACACCACUGGUAAACAAGAAGAUGGACCAAUUUCUGGGCAUGCAGAAUCUUCUCAUCCUUUGCAAGAUGCUCCUCAGGAGACCCGGCCUGGCAACACCGAAGACCGAGAGAUGUCACAGCAUGCCCUUCCAAGUGGUGAAGAUGAUGAAGAUGACAGCGACAGUGACAGUGAUGAUGAUGAUGUGAAAGUGACAAUUGGCAACAUUAAGACGGGAGCACCAUCCUACAUGGGAACUCCUAUGAAUCUAAACUUAAAAACGGGUAGAGGCUAUGGAGCAUCUGCUUCAGCCAAAUUGCAGCCCAAAGGUAUUGACUUGGAUGCUGCAGGGAAUAUAAAUGGAUUGCCUGUUAUAGAAGUGGAUUUGGAUUCAUUUGAAGACAAACCAUGGAGGAAACCAGGUGCUGAUCUUUCUGAUUACUUUAAUUAUGGAUUCAAUGAAGAAACAUGGAAAGCUUAUUGUGAAAAGCAGCGACGGCUUCAGCUUGGGCUGGAUCCUGCUCCUCCCAUCAGCACAGAGAAUAAGAUCACAGUUCAGCAAGGAAGGACAGGAAAUGCUGAAAAAGAAGUGGAAAACAACAUCAUCAAAACAGAAUUCAAAACAGACUUCUUGGCUCUGGUGGGAGGACGUAUGAAGGCUGGGCCUCCUCCUAACAGGAAGCUGGGUGGGACAAUUGAUGUGAUUGGUGGCCAGGCAGGCACAAUUAGGAGAGUAGAAGGAAGACGCCGUGAUAAGCACGCCACGGAGGAAAACCCAAUUCAGGUCCUUGGAGACCACGGAAGUAAGCCACAACCCCCCCAGCAGCCUCAGCAGCCAUCACAGCCCCAACAACCACCUCAGCAACAGCCCUUUGCACCACCAACAGGCCCACCACCUCCCCCACUGGCUGGGCCACCUCCACCACACUUCCUCCACCCUCCUCCACCUGUUACUUCUGUUCCACCUCCCCUGCAUCCUCCAGGUCUGCCACCACCCGGUCCUAUUCCAGGGUUGUUCCCACCUCCUCUGGCACCACCACCAGCUCUCCUCAUUCCAACCUUGGAUGGCCAGCCAGCCAGCUACAAUAACAGGCAGCCUCCUCCAUUUGGCUACAACUCUGCAGAUUCAGGUUUUAUCAGCUACCCACCCAUCUCCACGUCCCACACCCCCUGGGUGACAACGGUGGACAAAGGCACAAGCAGCUCCAGCAGCAGCCACUGGGAGUACUCUGGCUCUAGGCGGGAGCGGGAGAGAGAAAGGGAGAGGGAGAGGGAAAGGGAGAGGGACCGAGACCGCACCCCCACCACCAGUGAAUACAACAAUGAUGAUGAACGUUACCGCUACUACAGCCGGGAGCGCAGCUACGACUUCGAGCGCGACUACCGGCGGAGUCGGGACCGCAGCAGGGAGAGGGAGGAUCGGCACCGGGAGCGCCGGCACCGGGACAAGGAGGAGAGCAGCAAACACAAAUCCUCCAGACGCAAACAACACGAGAGCGAGGAGGGGGAGAGUCACCGGCGUCACAAGCACAAAAAGAACAAGCGCAGCAAGGAGGAGAAGGAGGCCAGUGAGGACGGGGCCCAGGAGGGAGAGGAGCAGGACACCAAGGAGUGAGCCCUGCCCAGUGCCAGCCCGCGGGAGGAACUCGCUCCGUCUGAACCAGCGUGUGGCGUUGGUGAUGUUUUGGGGGUUUUUUUUUGGGGGGGGAGGGGUUGAUUUUCUUUUUUUUAUUAUUAUUAUUAUUAUUCAUUUUUCCAAGGGAAGAGCAGCUGACUUUGAAGCGUGGGGCAGUGCUCUUGGGGCAGUGCUCAGCAGCUUAAACUCUUUUUGUUGUUGUUGUUGUUGUUUUUUUGAUACGGGACAGAACACAGCAGUACUAUACACAAAGCACUGAGCUACUCUACUCAUCCACAUCCCUAGGGAGAACUUUGUUGUAUCAGAUCCUAUGGUUUCUGAUGGAAGAUGGCUUCAGCUGAAACUAAUGCAUUUAGGUGAUAGGGGUUUUUUUGUUUAUUUUUUGGUCAUCAUCAUUCCUUUUUUGAAGAACAGGACAGUAAGUGCGACUUGAAAUUUAUUGUCCAAAGAAAAGUGUGAUUUAGAAUCCUGAGAGCCAGCUUAGAGCCUGGCUUCUAGUAGUGAAAAGUCUCAUCCCUAAAUAAAUUUCUUUCUAGCUA